CGCCAAAGGCAAAAUUCCAUGUCCCAUUUUCCCUCCCUUCCCCUUUGCUCCUUCAUAUUAUUCGUCUUCCACUUCCCUCAACUCCAUUCCCAUCCUCUCUAUCUCUACCCAAUUCUCUCUGUCGUCUCAGCAUUUGCAACAAGUCGAAGGCACAAAUGGCAAGGAAAAGAGUGGAGGCUGAACCUACUACCGCUACUGCUACUGGUACUACCCCUUCCAUGGUUCGUGGCAAGGAUGGCAGUGCUUUUGCUCGAUGUGAAGAGUGCAAGAAGGAUGUUCCGGUGGCUCUUAUCAGCAUGCACAGCUGUAGCCUUGAAGCUAGAAUCAAGAUGAAUUUGGAGGCUCAAAUCGUGGAAAAGCCUGCUGAAGUUAAGAAGCCUUCUGAAAGGAAGAAAGCAACAUCAACAGAACCGAAGGCAAAGAAAGCUAAGAAAGAGAAGAAAAGCAACAAUCCAAACAAGCCUAAACGCCCUCCCACUGCCUUCUUUAUAUUUAUGGAUGAAUUUAGAAAAGCCUUCAAGGAAGCAAAUCCAGACAAUAAGGAUGUUAAAAAGGUUUCAAAGGAAGCGGGUGAAAAAUGGAAGUCUAUGACUGAUGAAGAGAAGAAGCCAUAUGUGGAUAAGGCUGCUGAGCGUAAGGCUGAGUAUGACAAAGCCAUGGAAGCUAACAAUGCUGAAAAUGAAGAUGAUCAGGAUGAAGGGGGCUCAGAGAAGGAAGAUGCUAAGCAGGAAGUACAAGACAUAUUGGAUGAGGAGUGACAUAGUUUGAAGACUUUUAAAUGUUUUAUUUUGUGGGAAUGACCCCCUAGAUGAUUGUAAAUUUUAGGAUCUGCUUUGGUGAACGAGUAACAUUAGAUGUUUCAAUAUUGUCAAGAGCAAUAUGGUCUCUAAAUUUCUGUACUCUUUGGCAUUGUAGACUUGCUUGGAUCAUACCUUGCUAUCUUGUUUUGACUGAUUCUCAAUUUCAUUCUGAGUUGGUGAUUACGUGUUC